GGGCCCGUGAGAGGGGGGUGAAGCUGGUAUCUUUACACCAGGGCCCGGUCUCAAAGGGGGCCCGGCCUCAAAGGGGGCCAGUCACCCGACCAGGAGGGAAAAAAAUGGGAGAGUAAAUGGAGAGAGAGAGAGAGAGAGAGAGAGAGAGAGAGAGAGAGAGAGAGAGAGAGAGAGAGAGAGAGAGAGAGAGAGAGAGAGAGAGAGAGAGAGAGAGAGAGAGAGAGAGAGAGAGAGAGAGAGAGAGAGAGAGAGAGAGAAUACUAAUAUGCAAAACACACCAUAAACAUGAUAUGUAUAUAUAUAAUAGAAGUUUCUACAGUUUAUCAGUAAAAUAAUAGUUGUUGAAAAACUUUUUCUAAAUAAUCUUAAGCCUGGAGUGACACCACGUAAUUACGUAAAUGAAUGCAGCUCAGCUGUGUUGGAAUAUAAGCGAUGUCAACUCUCCGUCUCGCUCAGUCACCAUCAUUCUGUGGCAGGGUGUACAUCGUCUCUCUCAUUCCUUGGCAAAUAUUUCAACUGGCUGAGACUGCAUAAUGUAUUCUCACAAAUCAGGUGCACAGAAGCGGAAAGAAAAACAGGCUAGGGAAGAGGCUGUUUCAAAGUGUGCAAGAACAUUAUUUGAAGUGGGUGUUAAGAAAAUAGACACAAUAGACACUAAUGUAGAAGAACAGAAUAUCUUGCCCUCAUCCUCAGAGUCAGACCCCUCAACUUCACAGUCAUUAGUCCAGGAUGCCCAACAGGAAGCCGAAUCCGAUGUAAUAAAUGCAGAACCCAAAGACACUGAACAACAAAGAGAUAUAGGUUUGAUCCCUGAUAGGCCAUCUCGAGUGCAGAUUGAAGAUUUUGUUAGACAGGGCCCUCAGCCAAUGCCAAGUCAAAUUGCUUCAGAUGAUAAGGGUAACAGUUUCCCUUAUACAGUUUUGAAAGUUCAGAGACCAAAUGGUGAAACUGGAAAACGAGAUUGGCUAGUGUAUAGUCAGCGUAAAAGAGCACUUUUUUGUUUUCCUUGUCGACUGUUUAUUGCAGGAUGUACACAACAGCCAAAAACACCCUCAAAUUUGGCUUCAUGUGGCAUUGGAAAACAAUCGUCAUGGAAAAAACUUUAUAACCGCAUUCCAGAACAUGAGCAUACAAACUACCACAAACAGUGUUAUCUAGACUGGCGUCAGUUAGAAGCACGUUUGAAAGAGGAAUCUGGAAUUGAUGAUCAGUUACAGAGAUCAAUUCAGUCUGAGAAAAGUAAAUGGAAGCUAAUUCUAAAACGAAUCUUGGAUGUUGUACUGACUUUAGGAGAGCGAGGCCUUUCAUUUCAAGGAGAGUCUAGCAUGAUAGGUGAUACAAAUAAUGGAAAUUUUCUUGGUAUAAUUGAGCUGCUUUCUCGUUAUGAUCCCAUUCUUCAAGAUCAUGUAUCUAAAGUGAGAGAAGCUCAGAAGGAUGGGAAGCGUCUUCAGGCUCAUUAUCUUUCCUAUGCAUCACAAAAUGAAUUCAUUCAAUUAUGUGCCGAAAAGGUUAAAGACUGUAUUCUUAAUGAGCGUGAUUAGGCCAAAUAUUAUUCAAUAAUGGUUGAUGCUACCCCGGAUAUGUCACAUACUGAACAAAGUACAUUCAU